AGAAACGUUGUUUUCUUUGUACUUUCGAAAUUUCACUUGCAGUUGGAGGUCAAUGAACACAAACGUCACACUUUCUGUAAUAUGUAUGUGUGAAAUGACACUUUACUAAGAGUGCACCUGACUGGUUGAGUCCAUAAUAUUCUCACAUCACUCAGGCCAGUUUAGACUGAAUGUGUCCCUGGCUGACAUUGACUGAUAUGAGUCUCAUGAUUUGUGUCAGCAUUAUUUGUGGGGAGUGUGCCCUGGCCGUUCACACCACCAGCUUUAGCUGUGUACAUCGAUACAUUUAUGCUGAUUGUGAUUUCCAGGCUUCUGCACUGUACGAUAAUCUGCAGUUGCAGAAGGCUCUCCCACCGCAAUAACAUAGAGUGGUUUUCACAACUAAUCAAAAAAUUUAUUUGAGGCAAUUUCUUUAAGGUGGUGUCACUCGUAAUACAGAUGAGACUGGGCUGGCACCAGCUACAUAAUGCUGCACUUUUGACCCUGACAUGAUGAUUAUGUCAGUGUUGUACUGUUGCCAAAAUCAGUGUGGUGAAAGCCUAAGGCUAGGAUGUUAGUGACGCUGACUUCUGCGAAAGCAAGCUAUGACUGAUAUUCAAACAUGAAGCUUUCAUUCUGGCUGUCUUCCCGCUAGUACUGUGACACUCUGACUUGUCUGUGAAUGUCACUUGGGUUCUGUGGCUUUGCCUCAUUGGCAUUCUCUCAACUUGAUCCCUAUGCGCGGAGAGACUCAGACUGACUGUCUCUUUGGCACUUCACUGAUUCGGACUCCAUGACUCUGACAGUGGUGCUCUGUGACUGAGAAAUUCUUUGUCUGGGUGCGAGAAGUAAGGUUAUCCAGGUCCCUGAUACCAAUCUGUCUUGUCUCUCAUUCACUCACCGCUGCUUUUCGUAAGUCGCAAUGAAGUUUUCUCUUCAAUCUUUUCUGGUUGUCCAUAGGAUUGUCACAUGAGACGUGCUGACGGAAUCCUCGCACCUCAGAAGGAAGUGAAGAGCUCAUGGAUUUCUUUGUCACUAAUAUUGAAGCCAACUGUAACCCUGGUACACUGCUUCCUUCCCAUCUGUCUUGGAAACAGGACGAACCCCAUCUCUAAUUGUGUUCUCCUUUUCAAAAGAGCUCCUUUAAUAUGUUAUUGCCUCCUAAAUCUGUGUGAAUUUCCCCCCCCCCCCCCCCCAAAUCCAAGUUUUAAACUCUCUAUUUAGGUCUCUGCUCCAGUUAAAGCACUGAGAACCCUGAUCAAAUGCACAAAUGGCAUUCUCUGUAAUAAUGAAGCCAUCGCCACCAUUCUACCCAAAUUCCAAUGGUCUCAUUUUAGUAUCUUUGUGCCAGCUUUCAAACAACUUCAUGGCUGAACCCUAUUCUGACUUUUUUCUCAAUCCUUUUCCAGCAGCCUCCUCCCAUUACAUGACGGAAAUGUUAACAAUUUUGGUGGUCACUUGCUUGGUGGCACUCACCUCUGAGUCAGACAGUUAUGGAGUUGAACCCUACUCCAAAGACAAGGCACAAAAAUCAAAGCUGAUAUUUAAGGGCAGACCUGAGUGACUGCUCCACUUUCAGAGGGCAUUGCGUUUUGGAUGAGAUGUUAAACUGGUCUGAUCUCCCUCUGGUGGAUGUAAAUGAUCCCAUAGCAUUCAACAAAACAAUAGAAUUAUUUCCAAUGUCCGGGCCAACAUUUAUCCCUCAAACAUGAAAAGAGAUUAGCUAAUCAUUAUUGCAUUGCUCCUUGUCAGAUGCUUGCAUAUUUGGCUGUCAUUUUUCCGACAUUACUGUUGACUCUAAUCUCCAGCAUCCACAGUCCUCACUUUCACCUUUUAUCCCUACUUUGUAUUCAAAUCCUCUUGGAAUGAAAGUCAACCAUUUGCCUUCCUAAAUGCUUCCUGCACCUUCCAAUUUACUUUCAUUAGUUAGUGUACAAGGACACUGAACCAUUUUGCAAAUUAAAUGCGGAGUGUGCAGAUCAAUGUGAGGUGGAGCAAAUUUUCUCAAAGAAAUUACUUCCAGUGCUUGGGAGUCCUUUGCCCAGCAUUGAUAUAGGCCUCUGCAAUUGAAACUUACUGAAAGACCUGGAUAGACUGGAUGUGGAGAAGAUAUUUCAACUGGCAGGAGAGAUGAGAAUCCAGGGGCACAGCCCUAGAGCGAAGGGAUGGCUCUUUAGAACUGAGGUGAAAUUAAUACUAGCUGGCAUCUGACUACAGAAGAAAAGCAUCCAUUCCUGGAAGCUUCUCAGACUUUCCCAGUGGCCAGCUCUAAAUUCAGAGCAUUGAAGAGAUUUGUUGUGGCUGACCUCUAGAUAUCACAGGAACUUUAUCCUGGACAGUUAUCAAACUGCACGGGCUUCGAAGGUUUUGAUGACAUUUUCUUCAUGCUUCCUAACUGUUUAAAAAAAGCUCUUCCUCUGUAUUUUCAAUGAUGACUAUGGUUAGCUUGUUUUCCUUCACAAGUCCUGCAGUGAAAAGGCUCCUGGGAUGGAAACAAGGAGACGAGGAGGAAAAAUGGGCAGAAAAGGCUGUGGAUUCGCUUGUGAAAAAGCUGAAAAAAAAGAAAGGGGCCAUGGAGGACCUGGAGAAAGCCCUCAGCUCACCAGGGCAACUCAGCAAGUGUGUCACCAUUCCAAGGUCUUUGGAUGGGAGAUUACAAGUAUCUCAUCGUAAAGGCUUACCACAUGUAAUAUACUGCAGGGUGUGGCGAUGGCCUGAUUUACAGUCUCACCAUGAGUUAAAACCUCUCGAGUAUUGUGAAUUCCCAUUUGGUUCAAAGCAGAAAGAAGUAUGCAUUAAUCCAUAUCAUUACAGGAGGGUGGAAAUGCCAGUGCUACCGCCUGUACUUGUGCCACGUCAUAGUGAAUUUAACCCGCAACAUAGCCUACUUGUCAAGUUUCGCAAUGUGCCUCUGUCACCUCAGAAUGAACCAUUGAUGCCGCACAAUGUUACUUUCCCAAGCUCUUUUCAUCAGCAAAUAAAUCCGCCUUAUCUGCCUUCACCAAACAACGCUUUCCCUCAAUCAUCGAGCAACAUUAACUAUCCAAGUUCUCCUGCCAGUUCUGGUUCACGAGCCUCAUAUCAACUCUCAGCCAAGACACUACCACCUCUGUAUGGGCCCACAGACAAACAAGUGAUGCGUGACAUUCAGCCAAUGGACAUCUCAAGUGAUUCCUCAUUUGUUCCAGAGUUGGUUGAUUGUAAAGAUUUGCAACCUGUCUGCUAUGAAGAGCCAGAUCACUGGUGCUCCAUCGUCUAUUAUGAACUAAACAAUAGAGUUGGAGAGGCUUUCCAUGCAUCAGCAACAAGUUUACUGGUUGAUGGAUUCACAGACCCCUCCAAUAAUAAGAACAGGUUCUGCCUUGGGCUUCUGUCAAAUGUAAAUCGAAAUUCUACAAUUGAAAACACCAGGCGGCACAUUGGAAAAGGUGUUCACCUGUAUUAUGUUGGUGGUGAGGUUUACGCCGAAUGCUUGAGUGAAAGCAGUAUCUUUGUCCAGAGUCGCAACUGCAACUAUCAACAUGGCUUUCAUCCAACUACUGUUUGCAAGAUUCCUAGUGGUUGUAGCCUCAAGAUAUUCAAUAAUCAGCUCUUUGCCCAGCUUCUAGCGCAAUCUGUAAAUCAUGGAUUUGAGGUGGUCUAUGAAUUGACAAAAAUGUGUACAAUCCGCAUGAGCUUUGUGAAAGGAUGGGGAGCAGAGUACCAUCGUCAAGACGUUACAAGCACUCCCUGCUGGAUAGAGAUUCAUCUGCAUGGACCCUUACAAUGGCUGGAUAAAGUUUUAACACAGAUGGGUUCACCUCACAAUCCCAUAUCUUCAGUCUCUUAGUAUGGCUCUUUAUUAACUCUCUUGAUCGUAAAAUAUAAAACUGGCAAGUUAAAACUAAUGCGUAAGAUGUAUAUGGGUUUUUCCUAGUUUUAUAUGGGCCAUUUCUU